UUUUGCUGUAUUUUGCAGUUUGUUUCUUGUUGUUUUUAACAAAUGACGCUCGGAUUUGAAUGCGCGACGGUUAGAGCGGAUAGAUAUAGCGAAAGAAAAAUAUGAAUUUGUGCACAAUUCUUUGACAUAUUUCAUGCAAAAAUCAAGCUAAACUUAUUGCCAAGUGAAACAAAUAAAUAAAUCAUAUACAUACAUACUUAUAUGUUUUUUUUUUGUGCAAGAAAACCUGUAUUUUCAACGAAGUGUGUGUGUAUAAGCAGCAACAAGCAAAGAGUUUGACUUUGUGGGAGAAAAAGUUGAAGUUAAAUUUGGGCGAAAGAACGCGACAGAAUUUUCGGUGCGAAGUGUUAUUGGUUGUAUACAGCGAAGAAGCGAAGUGAUAUAUGUUUGCAUGUAUAUAUGUAUGUAUGUAUGUAUGUUUGCAUAUAAAGGCGUGCAAAAAAAAUUAAAAUAUCAAGCCGUAAUUUUUUGCUGAAAAAUUCAAUUAUUAAAAAAAUUCGAUAAAACCACAACAACAACGUCAAUUAGUGCGAAGAGUGAAUAUUUAUUAAAAAAUUAAAAAUAAUAAAAAUAUUUAUAAAAUCAAUUUUUAAACAACCACACUGCCUUGUAGUACGAAAACAAAAAAUUAUAUAAAUGAAAAAUUCACCAAAUCAAUCAAACCCACACACAUAUGUACAUAUGUAUGUAUGUGCACCUGUGCUGUAAUUUACAAGUGUAUAGCGAUUUUUGACGUCACACUCUAGUACGUACGUACAUACACGUAUGUCAGUUUUACAUGAAUUUGUUUACCAAGCGAAGAACACAAGCAAAAAGAGAGCAAACCAAAAGGGUUAUUGAGUUUUUGGCUUGUGGCACAAGCAGAAUACUGUUGCACAACCGUGUGAAAUGUUGCAAAAUCAAUAGAUUGCAAAACAACAAAAUCUACCAACUGCUCAGCUACCUACACAACGCGUAGUCUACACACCAACCCUAUCUUACGACAACCAAAACUACCCCCGCCCACAAAAUAGCACUUUGUCUGCGCCAAGCUACGCUGUGCUGCUGCGUGUUGCCGCACAUCCUCGCUAUAAAUAAAUGUGUGUGUAUGUCUUUAAGCAGCACAUACAUAACUUGCUUAUAACUUGCGACAAUUGUUCUAAACAACGCGAAAAUCCUCAAUUAAAAAGCGACUCAAGAACUUAAAAAUAAAAAAAAAAAAACAAAAUAACAAAAAAAUGUCUACAACAAUGCAAACGACUGCCAACGAUACGACUACAACGUCCAGCAGCAGCUUACAUAUAUACAACACACAAACCGAAAGUCAUGCCACCAAAAACGCCAACGAACUCAGCAUGAACGCCAGCGUUAUACAAGUGGGUGGCUGUGGUGGCGUUGAGUGUCGUACAAUAACUAACGGUAUCUCGACAUUAGAACAGUCACAGCAGGCGUAUACAAAACUAAUUACAGGCACGCAGCAACAGUUACAUGACGAGCAGCAGCAGCAGCAACAACAGCAACAACAACAGGUACUAACAGACCAGCUAGAACAGCAACAACAACAACAACAACAACAACAACAACAACAACAACAACACUUAAAGUCGCUACAGGACAUUCCGGCUACCGAUAGUGGACGCGCUUCGGUUAAUGAAUUCGGCACGACAAUAGCAAUGGAGGAAUCAUUGCCUGCAACUGUUUUGGAAAUUACAGCUUCAAGCGAUACCACAAAUAUUUCCACAACAGCAACAACAACAACAACUGCCAGUGUAACAAAUAUCAAAGAUACUACCAUAUCGGAUAUACCCGCGACAAUUGUAACAGUUACAGACGAUGAGCGCGUGCAACAAACGAGCGCAGAAUACUCGUAUGUCGGCAAUGGUACAACGGUUGCAACGGAUUUUUAUGCUAGCAGCGGUUCACAAACCAAAUGGUAUUUACGACCAACGGAAAUUUGUGGUGCAGAUGCAUCAUGUUACAAUGUGACGCUGCCGCCACCGAGCGUUGCUGUCAACAAUGUUGUUAUCAUCGCUACUUCGGGUGGCUGUAACGUGACGGAAGCGAGUCAAUUUUCACCGCAAGCAACGGGAGGUGUAGCUGGUGCAGGAAGGUGAGUUACAGCAAGAAAAAAUGUUACAGGGAUUACAACAAUAUUACAACAUGAACUCGUCGGCUAAAGAAGUUAAAAAUUAAAAAUCUAACAAAACUUUCUCUCGGAGAAUCCUAAGUGGGUAAAACAAUCUGACUUGUGAUAAGCACGUU